UCUUCUUCUUCUUCUUCAUCGUAUGUAGGGAGAACCCUCCUCGCCCUUUGUCGAACAGGAAUGUCAUCAACCCAAGUAAUACCACCCGAGCACAUUAGUUAUGUCCACUGCAACUUCUGCAACUUCUGCAACACCAUCCUUGCGGUUAGUGUCCCCGGGAACAGCUUGUUCAACAUUGUCACAGUCCGAUGCGGCCAUUGCUCUAAUCUGCUGUCUGUGGAUAUGCGAGCUUUGAUUCAAACAAACCCUUUUCAAGGAUUUCCGAUAUGCAACAUAGAAUCUCAAGGAAAUGGGAUGGAAUGUGGAUUACCUUCCAAGAGCACCAUGACUUCCUUGUUGUACACAAUGCCAAAGGAUCAAGAGCAAGAACUCCCCAUUCGCGCUCCCGGGAAGAGACAACGCGUACCUUCAGCGUAUAACAAGUUUAUCAAGGAGGAAAUACAAAGGAUAAAAGCUAAUAAUCCACACAUUAGCCACAAACAAGCAUUUAGCACUGCAGCGAAGAAUUGGGCACACUUCCCUCACAUCCAUUUCGGGCAGACCUUUGAUGGCAACAAGCUAGCAAAGCUUGAUGAACCAGUUGCUGCACCAGGGUGUCAAAAGGGUCAGAGUUUCUUCUGAGGGUUUGGCUACAUGAACAGUGAGUAUAUAUAUGCUGCUGUUCUUGAAGUUUCUUUCUGCAAGUCAAGAUCAAGUCCAUUCAACUACCUUUGCCAUGGAUAACUGUAAUAAAGAGAAUCCCCUAAGCACUUUCUCCAUGUUCAGUUUGGCAAUCUUCUAUCCUAUACCAAUCCACACCAAGUUAAAUUUUAUCU